UGCGCCCCAGAGGCGGCCGCACGGUCAGGCCCCUCAUAUCCCGGUGGCAGUGGGGGCCCUUCAGGGCUCAGGCCCCCCUCCCGCAUUGCGGGAUCUCCACUGCACAAUACUCAGUGCAUGCAGCAGCCAUGAAUAAAUGUGUUAAGACUCGCCACCUAGCUGUGUGCUGUCUCACAACACCGCCUCCUUCCAGCUCAAAUCUAAACGCUCUCUUAUCAAGUCUCGCAUUGCUGAGAGUUAUCGCGAGAGGGCGGCUACAUCCAUGUUGCCACGUCCAACAGACGCAGAGAACUGAGAUUUAGUCGGAGUUCAGCCCCGCCCUAUCAGCGUGUCUGGCUCGGGUCAGGGUUCUUGGCUAGCCACUCUCUCGGCGGCUGGAGCUGAAGCCCCACCCUGUCUCAUAACCAGGCAGCGAUUGGCUGUGCUUGCUAUCAUUCAUUACUUUGUAGAGGGAGAGUGGAAACGCAGAGAAGCUUGUGUCUCCUUACGGCUAGAGGUUGCUGGGUGGAAGAGGAGAGAGGGUCAAUAGGGUUCAUACUAGCAGUGUAUUUCCCCAUUAUAACAUCCCUGUAAAAGCUGAAGUGUCGCGCUGCGCGCUGCUGAGAUUGGCCGCUACCUGACGCUGUCCCCAAAAACCAGAAACAUGAGCAAGAGCUCGUCCAGCCAGAGGAAGAACCCCAAGGGUGGAAAGAAGGUUAAUGGUGGUAAAAAUGGCAAGAAAGAAGGCUUGUCCGGAAGCUCCUUUUUUACAUGGUUUAUGGUGAUUGCACUCCUUGGUGUUUGGACAUCUGUUGCUGUGGUGUGGUUUGACCUUGUAGACUAUGAAGAAGUUCUUGCCAAGGCACAGGAUUUCCGUUAUAACUUGUCAGAGGCACUUCAAGGAAAACUUGGAGUUUACGACACAGACGGUGACGGAGAUUUCGAUGUUGAUGAUGCCAAAAUCUUGUUAGGGUUGAAAGAAAGGUCUGUUUUGGUGCCACCUGCUGAAGACUCUGAAGAUGACCAUCCAGCAACACAAGCUACAGCUGAACCAGAUGAUGUAGAAGAAGAAGAUAUACAGGAUGUUUUCCAGCCUCAGGAUGAAGCUGAUGAUUUAGAUAAAGACUUAGAAGAAAUUGUCCAAGAUAGUCUUCAUGAAUCUGCUGAUGACCUUGACAAAGACCUACAGGAAGUUGUAGAAGAAAUUCAUGAAGAAGCUGUUGAUGAUUUGGGGAAAGCCUUUGAUGAGGAGGUCCAAGAUAGUCCUCAUGAAUCGACUGAUGACCUUGACCAAGACCUAAAGGAAAUUGUUGAAGAUAGUUAUACAGAAGCUGCAGCUGCUGAUGAUUUAGACAAAGAUCUAGAAGAAAUUGUUCAGGAAAGUCUACAUGCUGAAGAGGAUGCUUCAGAAACUCAUGAAGAGGCUGAUCAAGUUGCUGAAGAAGAAGCUCAUGACGAAGAGCCGGAGGUUGAAAAAGAAGUGGAAGCUGUGGAAACCGCAAAUGUAGAGGCAGUUUUUGUAGAGGAGCAGCUAGAACUGGAAGUACAAGACGAUGAACAAGCAGAAACAACUGAGGAAGUACCAGAGACUGAGGAGGCUGAUGAUAACACAGUUGUGGAGGAAGCAAAAGUAGAAAUUGAAACAGAGUCAGAUGAUCAAGAGCUAGACCAAGAUGUAAAAGCAGAACCCGAGAUUGAAGAAAUUUAUAAAGAAGAACUCCUAGAAGAAGAUGCAGAAGAACAACCAGAACCUGAAGUUAUUGAAGAAACAGAACCUGAGGAGGAAAGAGAAGAGCAAGUAGCUCUAGAUGACAACCAGGAGACUGAGCACGAACCAGAGACACACAGAGAUGAAGAAGCGCCUUCAGAAUCACAAGUAACAGAAGAUCUACAAGAAGUUAUUGUAGAUGAACAUGUCACCUAUGAACAAGAGGAAGAACAUCACACAGAGGAUGAACCCCAGCAUACAGAGCAUUUAGAGGUGGAAGAGUCUCAGACGCCUGAUGAGGAGUUUGAACCUGAAAUGUUAGAAGCGCCUGCUGUGAUUGAAAAUGAAGACGAAGAUAGUGAGCCUGUGGAAGAAAGAUUAGAUGAAGCAGAAGAAGAAAUUUUACAUUUGACUGAAGAAACAAUAGAAGAAGAACCUCCUACUGCAAGUGACCAAGAAGAGAUCAGUGACCAUCCUGCGGAGGGACAUUUAGAUGUAGCAGACGAAGAGAUAUUACAUGUAAUAGAAGACAAAAUAGUAAAAGCAUUUGAGCAGUUGCAGAACCCUGCAGAGCAAGCACAAAGUGAGCCUGAAGAGAUACAAGAUGUAUUGACUGAAGAAAUCCUACAGGAUGAUAAAGCAGAAGAAAGCUUAUUAGUACCUGAAGAACAACAAGAGACGCCGACAGAUGAACAUAAAGAGGUACCAGAGGAAAAGACAGAGCAGCCAGCAGGAGAUGCCUCAGUAACUACAGACAAAAAACAAAAAGCCAAAAAUAAGAAGCCAAAGUUAUUUAACAAGUUUGAUAAGACAAUAAAGGCUGAACUUGAUGCUGCAGAAAAGCUGCGUAAAAAGGGAAAGGUUGAUGAAGCUUUAAGAGCAUUUGAAAGUCUGGUGGAUAAAUACCCGCAAAGCCCAAAAGCCAGAUAUGGGAAGGCACAGUCAGAAGAUGCCUUGGCUGAGAAGAUGAGAAGCAAUGAUAUUCUUUUGCAAGCCAUCAAUACUUAUGGAGAAGUCGCUGAGUUACCAAAUGCCCCUGCAGAACUCAUCAAGCUCACGCUGAAGAGGAGAGCUGAUCGACAGCAGUUCCUAGGUCGCACACGGGGUUCUGUGGUUACGCUGCAUAAAUUAGUUCAGCUUUACCCUGAAGAUGUCACUUUCAGGAAUGAGCUUGGAGUUGGAUACCUCCUGCUUGGAGAUAAUAGUAACGCAAAAGCGGUUUUUGAACAGGUUUUAGCCAUGUCUCCCAAUGAUGGCUUUGCUAAAGUGCAUUAUGGAUUUAUCCUUAAAGCUGAGAAUUACAUUGCUGAAAGUAUUCCCUACUUAAAGGAAGGCUUGGAGUCAGGAGAACCUGGAACAGAUGAUGGACGUUUCUAUUUCCACCUGGGGGAUGCAUUGCAAAGAGUUGGAAGCCAAGAAGCAUACAUAUGGUAUGAGGCUGGUCACAAGAAAGGGCACUUUGCAUCGGUCUGGCAGAGAUCCUUAUACAAUGUCAAUGGGCUGAAAGCACAGCCAUGGUGGACUGCAAAGGAAACCAGUUACACUGACCUAGUGAGGACCUUAGAGGCCAAUUGGAAAUUAAUUCGGGAUGAAGGCCUUGCUGUGAUAGAUACAGAAAAAGGCCUCUUUGUUCCUGAAGAUGAAAAUCUCAGAGAAAAGGGUGACUGGAGCCAAUAUACUUUAUGGCAACAAGGCCGAAAGAAUGAGAAGUCCUGUGCCGCUGCCCCCAGGACCUGUGCUUUAUUAGAGAGGUUUCCUGAGUCGACUGGAUGCCGCAGAGGGCAGAUCAAAUAUUCAGUUAUGCACCCUGGAACUCACGUCUGGCCUCACACUGGACCAACAAACUGCAGGCUCAGAAUGCACUUGGGCUUGGUUAUUCCAAAAGAGGGAUGCAGAAUAAGAUGUGCCAAUGAUACCAGGUCCUGGGAGGAAGGCAAAGUGCUGAUAUUUGAUGAUUCCUUUGAGCAUGAAGUAUGGCAGGAAGCCAACAGUUAUCGCCUUAUAUUUAUUGUGGAUGUCUGGCACCCGGAACUCACCUCGUACCAAAGACGCACUCUUCCAGCCAUUUAAGAACAUUCUGCCUUUGCACUUUUAUACCAAGUCAGAAAACAUGAAGGAACUGUAAUGAAACAAAAAUGCAUGGUAAGAUUGUUGCCAUUAUAGUCUGUAUGGUGCCGAAUUGCCCGUGACUGCCUGUGUACUAAAUACUAUUUUUUAUAAUAUAUGCAAAUUAUUUGUAUGUUAGUGAAAAACUUUAUAUUAAGAAAAAUAGCUAGAUUAUUAUAAAAAAAAUAACUGUAAAAAUUAUUUUUGUAAGAACAAAUACUUUACAAACCACUGUUCUUUACUUAGAAUGAUGUUAUUCAUUUAUUUUAUUUUCACUUUAACCCGAAUUGCGGCUGCCAAUGGUUAUUCUGGUCCUUACUGUACUACUAGGCCAUGCUUCCUGGGGCAUCAGUUGGGGCAAGUAACAUUGUGCUGCAGAUUCACCCUCCCCAGAUAUUAAAUAUACAAUAGGUCUAUAUGGUCCUGGCCACAAGCAGAUAUUUCACUACAGUAGCAAAGGUGGCAGUCUACUUCAGUACUAAAUCCUGUUAAAGCACAAUGACAUGUAAAACCACUGGGGGUGCCAACGUGUAGGCCAGUCCCUAAUGAGCAGCAUUGCUAACCUUUACCCGAGGCUGAAGUACUUUUCUCUGAAGCAUGGUAUCGCCAUUUUUCUUCUACUAACAGAUACUUUGUGUGUGGGUUUAGGGUUAGUGCUCCUACUUUCAAGAAUUAAUAUAUUGCACAUGUGCCCAACUCAUGCCAUGGAACAACUGGGAGCAGAAGAAAAUUUGUCGCACGGGCAAACUUAGAUAAUCUCUGUGCAACUUGGCUUCCUUAGGCUCUCUGUAGAAUGUUGUUAUUGGUAACAUUUAUAGGGGUAUCAGUUGAGUAGGCAGAAGAGGCAUUUGCCUAAGAUGCAGUGAGGGAGCACAACUCUUCUUCAAUAAACCAACCAGAUAGCUAUUGGGCAUUUUUUAAAAUCCCAUCAUGAGGAGGACCACAUAAGCUUGUUGAUGCAGUCCUUCCCCAAUGAUUUAUAUUGGUUCCCAUUAUGAGCCAAUCCAAAGGUAACAAAGCAAUUGCACGCUCUGGCCUCCUCCAGAAGCAAAGAUGGUUACCUUAGAAUUCAGUGUGCUCUCUCUGGAUGUGACACACACGUGCAUGUAUGUGGGAUGCAUAUACCUGGGGGUAGCACCUAGAUCUGAGAAUGUUACAGUGCCAGUACAUAGCACAGUCAUUUCUGUUACUGGAACCCCCUGCAGGUUCUUAUAGGCUGUUAACCUUCAGUUUUGUCUUGUUUACUUGGAAAUUGCUGACGUGGGUGUUUAUGCUGCUCUGUUCCUUUUUAUUAUAUUUGUUUUGGGAUAGAAGUUAUUCGCUUAUUCUAUCACUGCUGCACUGGGCAUUGUACAGAAUCUUCCAAAAUAUAUAAACAUUUUAUUAUUUUCCUGUCAGAACUUUGCUAAUAUAUAUAUACUGUAUACAUACAUAUGUGUGUGUUUAUGCUUUAUGGAAAAAUAUACUAGUGUUGGUAUGUGUUAUAAAUCUGUUUAGUAGUAAAUUAACCCCUACACUACACACAAACCAUCUACUUUAUAUACUGUGAGUUUUUCUUUUCGUUUGUGUUGCUGGAUAUUGUUUCUUACUGUAAAUGUGCAUUUAUAAUCCCUUUAUAUUGUGGUCAUUGGGGUGCUAAUGCAGGGUCAGACUGGGCCAGCGGGACACUGGGAAAAUACCUGGUGGGCCCUACUAACCCAGACCCCCUCCUCACCUGAAACCCUGGGUGCACACCCCAGACCUCCCCAAGGGAGAGUACAAGGUAUGCAUGGGGGCCGGUGCAGUGUUGGGUGGACCUCACAACUGUGCCAGUGGCUCCAGCAGCCCCUCGGACCCCCCAAUCCGACUGUACUAAUGCAAGUAUCAAAAUACCUAUUAAAAGCUUCAGAUGGUUUAAAACAUUUGUGAAUUAUGAGCAUGAAUUCCUAGCCAGGAUCAUGGGGUAGAAGUUACCCGAACAAACGGUGCACUGUCAGAAAUGGUUUUUGUUUUUUUGUUGUUCUGAGAAGUGAGAUAAUGUAAAUGAUGAAAAUAUUAGAUUUACGCAUUAAAAAUAGUCAAGCUCGUCUUAAAUGUAAAUGAUAAAUACUUUUUUGCAAAAUUUAGAUUAAAUACUUUUUAAAAGGCUUUGUGUUUUCCUGCAACUUAUAUACCCACUUACAUGGAAGCUGAAUAUUAAAUAAAAUGGUUAUUUCCCCACUGA